AUAAUAUCAACGAGCCCUAAAAACCUAAAACCCCCUAAACCUCAGACUUCGACUUCGUUGCAAAGAUUCACAGAAAGAAAAAUGUCUCUCCUACUCAGAAAUUCGCGUAACAAAUCUUCGAUUUUCCAUCGCAUAACAAAUCCCUUUCUACCACUAUCUUCUUUGUGUACUAACUACAAUCUCUCAGAUUGUGGGAUUGUACUUCUUGAGUAUUCUAAUCCAUCUGGGUGUGAUUGUAGUUUAUCCCAUUCAAACUUUUUCGGAUCACAAUUGAAGCAAUUGUCGACCUUAAAUGCAAAAGAGACAACUUUGGCUUCUGUGCAUGGCGAUUUGAGGAAAUUUUCUGGGUUUUCAUCAUUUUUAGUUCCGAGCAUCCGAAAUUCAUAUGCUUCUGUGAAUGGUAUGGUUGCUUCGAUUAGGUUGAGAUUGUUUGGGACUCAGGCUGCAAGGGAGCCAUCCACCUCCGAUGGGCUUACUGUGGAUGGGAUUAUUGUUAAUCAAUGGACAAUUCUCGACGAGAGUGAGAAUGAUUGGAAGAGCCAUGCCGCUGCAAUUGCUCAAUCCAUUCAAGUAAUCAAGAAGCGCUUGCAGUGGAAACAAUUGCUGGUUAGGCUGGAUCUGCUAUCUGCUGCUUUGAAUAAACCUGAUCUUUGGGACGAUCCUGUGCAUGCGGGGAAGAUAAGUCGUGAGCAUGGUUCACUCAUGAAUAGAAUGAAAGAGGUGAUGGCCUUUGAGCAAGAAUUUCUGGAGCAUAUUGACAUGAUAAAGCUUGCUCGUGAGGAAAGAGACUCUGAAAUGGAAUCGGAAUCAUUGAAAGCUUUGCUUCAGAUGAGAAGAAACACCAAAGAGAAAGAGCUUGAAGCUUUAUUAGCAGGGGAGCAAGAUUCCUGCUCUUGCUACAUUGAGGUCCAGGCAGGAGCUGGUGGUACUGAGAGCAUGGACUGGGCAUCGAUGGUGAUGCAAAUGUAUAAAUCGUGGGCUCAGCGACGUGGAUACAGAGUGACUGUAGUGGAUGAGAUGCCUGGUGAGCUUGCAGGAAUCAAGCGGGCAACAAUUAAAGUGGAUGGUGAAUAUGCAUUUGGAUAUGCCAAGGCAGAAAUAGGGGUGCACAGGUUGGUCCGGAUUUCACCUUUUGACAGCAGCAAGCGAAGGCAUACUUCAUUUGCUGCUGUUGCAGUGAUUCCAAUCUUGGGUGAUGGAUCUACCCAUGUACAAAUUAAUGAAUCUGACCUUCGCAUUGAACGAUAUCGUUCUGGGGGACCUGGGGGUCAGCAUGCUAACACAACCGAGAGUGCAGUGAGAAUAACCCACAUACCUACAGGAAUCAUCGCCACAUGUCAAAAUGAAAGAUCACAACAUUCAAAUAAAGCUUCAGCAAUGGCAGUUCUUCAGUCUCGAGUAGACCAGCUUGAGAUGGCUCGCCAAGCCCAGAUGAAUUCGCAGCAUACACAAUCUCUCACUGACAUAAGCUGGGGCAAUCAGAUCCGUACUUACGUGCUACAUCCUUACCGCAUGGUUAAGGAUCUGCGAACCAACUAUGAGGUCUCUGACCCUGAUUCUGUGCUCGAGGGGGAUCUCGAUGCAUUCAUCUUGAACUAUUUAUCAGCUUCAAUGGAUAAAGAAGAGGAAUACUAAUAAGAUACAAUGAUUUUUUAGUUGUAAGCUUUGCUGGUCACAAUGUGCUGCAUCCUUGAUGGAGAUCAACCAACUUGCCUUUCUGAUAAGACUUUGGCGGCAGCUCAUCCAAUUUUAUUGAUCGAGUUCUGUGACACUAAUAUACAACACAUGAUUGAGAUCAGGGAGCAAAUGGCAUGUGUACAUGGAGUAGAAGGAGAACACCAAAUCCUUCACUAAACUAUCAAUAUGUUUUGUGAGAACCCUGCAUCUUUUAGCAAUAUUAGAUCAGUAAUUGCUAUUUGCUAGCUACUGUAAUAAAAUAUCAAUAAUAAUGUAUCAUGUUUUGGAUGAUUUUGCAUACCUUUAUUCAA